UCCCAAGAAGAAUCCCACCGACUGUUUCCUCUAUAAACUCAACAACUCUAAGGCUAUAUGUGGUUGUGGAAUUCCUCAAUGGGAAACUGCUUGUUUGGAGGUCUCGGAGAGGCGGGUGGAGUAGUCCAAGUGACGACGUCCAACGGCGGUAUCAUGGAGUUUUACGCGCCUAUUACAGUGAGCUCCAUCACCGACGAGUUUCCCAGCCAUGGCAUUUUCAGAAACCAUGAUCUCUUCUGGAAACCGCUCGCUAGUAACGAAGAACUUUUGGCGGGUCAAUCAUAUUAUUUGCUCCCACUCAACAGCCGAAGUGAUCACUUGGGCAGUAGUAGUAGUGCUAGCCAGAUUGUGCGUCAUGGCCAUGUUAGAUCCAACAGCAUACCCUUACCUACUUUGCUUGCCGGAGCACCGUACCGGAUGUCGCUUGAUUACCAGGGAAUGGUGAAGAAAUCUUACACUGAAGCGUUUUCGAGGUAUAAUAAUGUUAGCUUUUGGAAGGUGAAGCUGGUUAUUAGCCCGGAACAGCUUCUGGAGAUAUUAUCGCAGGAGGUUCGGACGCAGGAGUUGAUUGAGAGCGUGAGAACGGUGGCAAAAUGUGGCAGUGGUUCCAUCUCUGCUGCCAGGGGAUUUUCAGAUCAGUGGUCUCUUUCCAGUAGUAGUAGAAAUGCUUCUUCCACUUCUAAGAAAGAUUUUGGAUUGGUAGACAUUUGAUUAGCGUUAGUUUCUUUCUUUUUCUGGUUUAGUCCCCCUCGUAUAAGAAUAUAGUUCGUCACUGCCCAAAUGUAUUCAUACUACGUCUUGUAUCCUAAGUUGUUAAUGAUGAUGUGUCA